AGACCUGCUAACUUACAUAGAGCGGAAACCGAAAAUAUUUAAUCAAAAAUUUUGUUUGUUUUUUAAAAAGAGAAAUUAAAUAUGGACACACAAACACCACAGAAAUUUUUAAGAAGAAAACAUUUGGAUAAUAUUUCAAAAAUUGGAUGCCAAUUAACAAUACCAUCAUCACCACAUUUAACUAAGCUUGGUUUUGGUACAGGUGUGAAUGUUUGGAAACUAGAACGUUCACCUACAGGCAAAAAUCAAUCACCAUGGGCCAUAAAAAGAUUAUCUAAAACUGCAAGAGAACAAAAAGGAAAUGAAAUAUAUGAUAUAAGAUUAAAAGCUGAAGCAGAAAUAUUACGUAAAUUAUCUCAUCCAAAUAUUAUUGGCUUUCGUGCAUUUGAGAAAAGUUCAGAAGGUGUAGAUUCUCUGGCAAUAGAAUGUUGUACAACUUGUCUUGGUACAAUUUUAGAAGAACGUUGCGAGGAUGAUUUGGGCCCUUUACCAGCAAAUGAAAUUUGGAAAGUUGUAUUGGAUAUUUCUAAUGCAUUAAAGUAUUUACAUGAAGAAGCAAAACUAUUACAUGCUGAUCUAAAAUCAUUCAAUAUACUUAUUAAAGGAGAUUUUGAAAUUUGUAAACUAUGUGAUUUUGGUGUUAGUUUGCCAUUAAAUGACGAAGGUAUAAUCGAUUUUACUAAAAAUCCAGAUUUAGAAUAUAUUGGAACACAAUUGUGGUCAGCACCAGAAGUUAUUGACGGUGAAACCAUAAUUUGCUCAAAAUCCGAUAUUUUUAGUUUUGGAUUAAUUAUUUACGAAACUUUAGCCUUACUACCACCACAUACAUUGAAAAUAAAUGAUGACGAGGAAGCCAAAGAAAAUUCUGACAUUACAAACGAAAGUUUAGAUACUUCAACUGAAUCAAUGUGUUAUGGGACAAGGCCACCGUUGCCCGAAAAUUUUCAAGUUUCAGAUGAAUACAAGGAAAUUAUUGAAUUGUUUUUUAUUUGUACAAACGAAUUGCCUGAAGAUCGGCCAACUGCAUCUGUUAUUUUUAAAAUUGCUUCUGAUUUUAUAAAGAAAUCACAAAAAGAUGCCAAAUAGAUUAGAUACAUUUAUCAAUUUAACGGAAGAUUUUUAAUAUUCAAAGAAUUCUAAACUUAAAAUUUUUGUUUUAAACUCAUUAACUUGAAUUAUUUUUUCUACUUUUAAAAAAUGAA